UGGUAAGCGGUAAGUAAAUAGUAAAUUAGUAAAUGACUGUGACAUAAGUUUUACAAAAGAAAAAACUGGAAUGAAAAGUAUUUGUUAGCCAAAAUUUGAGAAUCGAGUUUAUUCAUACAUCAAGGAACAAAACAUAAAGCUUUGCUUAAGUCAGAAUGGAAGUGGAUGAUGAGUCCACAGCAUAUUUAAAAUACCUUAAUGAUCCAACAGCAUCUAGUAAUUACCUACUCAGCAACAACAUUGAACUGACCGAUUCUUUCCCGUUAUCAGAAAUAGACAGUGCAGACUGGCCAAGUGAAACUUUUCCUGUUUUGUUGAGCACCUCGUUGAUAACAGACAAUACAAAUGCUGAAGGUGUCAAUGAGAACAUUAAUAUUCAGUUGUUCAAUGAAGAAGAGACUGUGAUUCAGCAAAAUGCUGCCAAUAAAGAAAUCAUCCUUGGCAAUGUGAAUGCAGAUGGCAUAGAUGCCAAUUCUUCUAGCAGUCAGGGGCAUAUUCUGGUCCAGCAGUCCAAUAGCCAGGUGCAAAACUCUGUACCAGUUACAGGAAAUUUGAUUAACAAUGGGUUUUAUGUAACACAAACAGGCAAUGUAAAUAAAAGAAAAAAUGUGAUUCAACUUUUGAAUACAGAUGGAAGUAUUAUAACUAUAGAUAAAUCUGUUUUGAGUUCAUUAAAGCUUUCAUGGAAGACAGAUCAACAAUCAUACAUAAAGAAGGAUUACGAGUCACAUUAUACUUCAAUAAUAGCACACAAAUGUAAACUAUGUAAGUGCUUUUGUGAGACUGAUGAAGAGAUUAGAAAUCAUUUGGAUGAGGCACAUUCUGAACUGUUUCAGAAAGACACAUCUACUCCAAAACCAAAUGGUCAGAAUUCACUCUUGAAGUCCAAACAUUCUCCUGAUAAGAAUUUGAUAUUUUUGUGCAGCUUGUGUAGGUUGGCAUAUAGGGAUAAGACACUUUUGAGACAGCAUAUGAUAAAGGAGCAUCAGUUGAUUCAGCAUGAUAAUCAAACUAAAGUUGGUGAACAAGUUGUAACUAAGUCAAAUGAGAAUGGUAAAUGUUCUUUGAGGAAUCUUUCUGGUUUCUUAAUCAAGCAACAAGAGAAGAAUAGGAAAAAAGUGAAAUGUUCCAUAAAAAAAUGUCAUGUGAGGGUAGGUAGUGAUGAAAUAAGGGAAAGGCAUGAACAGUACCAUGUUGGUAAUAAUGCGAGACAAUUUAAGUGUUUGGAAUGUGAGGAAAAAUUUAGCAUGUGGAGAGUAUGCAUGAAUCACUUGUGGAAAUGCCACAAGAUUGACAUUGGCAUGUUGGUUUGCCCUAUGUGCAACAAGUUCAAGUCAAAUACCAGCAUGAGAAUGCUCAAUCAUAUGGCAACUCAUGAUGAUGAAAAACCAUUUCUGUGUAGUGAAUGUGGAAAUGGUUUCAAGACAUUGACUCAAGUGAAGAACCAUGAGAUUCUCCAUAGGAAACCGGAUGAGGAACUCCCAAACUGGUACACGGCCAAGCAUUGUACUAUCUGCAAUAAAUAUUUUGCACAUUCCAAAUCGUAUAAGAAACAUGUACAGUCAGUUCAUGAGAAGUUUAAACCAUUCAUAUGCAAUAUAUGUGGCCACAAGACUGCUAGGAAGGCAAUGCUAGAGUUGCAUUUGAGGCAGCACACAGGUGAAAAGCCGUAUAAGUGUUCGCACUGUGAAUAUAGAACCGGAGAUCAUAAUUGCUUAAGGAAACAUGAAAUGAAACACAUGGGGCUAGUGAAAUAUAAAUGUCCACUCUGUAACUACACAUCUAUUCAGAGUGGAUCAUAUAAAAAUCACAUGAAAACUCGACAUCCUGGAAAGAGUGCUGUAUAUGCCUGUACUUCCUGCAACUUCCAGUGCAUAAAUUUCGAAAGUUAUGCAGCGCAUCUACGGCGACACAAAAUCGUUAUAGAAAAGACUGUUGAUAACGAUCAAGGAGAGAUAAAUGAACAGAAUCCUGAUGAACCGUCAGAAAUGGCUGACAAUGAAGAUGAUGAGACACAAAACUGUAUAUUUAGUAAUGAAGCUCCAGUGGAAGAAACUGUCGAUACUGGUGGCAUCACUAUACCUGCAGAAGUGGAGAUUCCUACAACCAUUGCUAUAACUUAACUGUAAUAAAAUGGACUUUUAUCAUGAAGAUAACUAACUCAGUACUAUAUUCGCGCUACCAAAAAAUUAUCCGGAAUAAUCAGGAAUCUGAUUUGAAAAGGAUGGUGUCUCAUAGAUGAUGCUGUAGCCAACUAUACAGUGCUUUUCUUUAAUGUCCCCCUCCCCUUCGAUUUUUUGAACGGAUGAAUUCAAAAAAUUAAAACUUGAAGUAAUGAAAUUGAUGGGUAGAUAGCAUAUUUUAGAGUAAAAUUGACAGAUGAAAAUGUCAAGAUGGCCGCUGGGCGUAAUAACAGACGGUCCAUAAUUUCGCGUCGAACAUUUUCAAACAUAGUAGCAUCGAUAUUUCUACAAAUAUUUGUUAUUCUCAGCGGUAUAUCCAAUAUUGAAAAAAAGAUCAAAAUUAAUAACAAUGAACUGGAACAGGUAAAUGUCUAUAAAUAUCUUGGAGUUAUGAUACAGCGUGAAGGCAGUAUGGAAGCUGAAUUAAGUGAAAGAAUUAAUAAAGCUGUAAAGACAUAUCAUACAAUGAGCAAAGUCUUCCUUAGAAACAAGAAAAUUAGUAGGAAAUCAAAGAUGAUGGUUUACAAGACCAUAUUUAUACCAACAUUAAUUUAUGGUAGCGAAGGUUGGGUGCUAACAAACAGAUUAAAGAGCAAGAUUCAGGCAGUAGAUAUGAAAUUUUUUAGGAAAGUCACAAGAAUAACUAGAAGAGACAAAAUCAGAAAUGAUAUAGUAAGGGCAGAACUGGGAGUAGAAUCAAUCUCGCAUAGAGUUGAAGUACAACAAUUAAGAUGGUUUGGACACCUGAACCGCAUGAAGGAAAGUAGACCAGCUAAACGGGUGUGGGAAGCAAGAGUUCAAAGAAAAGGAAUACGAGAAAGAAAUGGAACGAUGAGGUGGUAGUGGCACUGGCACAUAGGGGACUAAACUGGAAAGAUGCAGUGAAGCUAACAAAAAGCAGUGGGCUGCAAUGAUAUAUUCAACACAAGUUUGAGCGGGAAGUAGAUUUAUAUUAUACUAUUUUAUACACCUCACACCUUUGGGUAGAUAGGAUUUUGAUUAUAUAUACAUUAUAUACAUAUAUCCAAUAUUGAAGCAGGUUCAGUUUCAUACACCUUUUGCUUCAAAUAGACCCAUAACAAAAGUCUAAAGGUGUCAAAUCUGGCGAGCGAGCUGGCCAUUCCACAGGACCUCGAUGGCCAAUCCAACGACCGGGGAAAUUAUCUAAAUAAUUCCGAACUUGUCUGUAGUAGCGUGGUGGAGCACCAUCUUGCUAGAAUAUAAUAUCAGUAUCGAAUUCAUUAGGAUUCGCUUCGACGAUUUCGGUGAUUAGAGGGUCAAUAGUAUUUUCCAGCAUAUCCAAAUACAGUUCCCUGGUUAAAGUUUGUUCGAUGAAUAGAGGCCCCGCAAUAUGAUUUCCAAUAUCCCAGCCAGAUAUUGAGUAUGAGUUUCCCGGAAGACGUGAGGAUUGGUGUCACUCCAAUAACUACAAUUUUGUCUAUGCACAUUAUUGUUGGGAAAAAAUGUACAUUCAUCACUAAAAUAAAUAUUUUGGAUAUAGGUAGGAUACAGUAGAAGGACAAACCUUACAUACACUUGCGAUGGAGGAAGUAGACUGUUGGGGAUUUACUAUGAUCUCACCAAUUAUUUGAAGUUGCUUGUCUUCUGGGAUGGUCGGAUGACCUAUGGGCUUUUUGUUGUUCACACUACCAGUAGCUGUAAAUUUAGAUACAAGUUCCCUUAAAUAUUUUCUACAGAUAGGACGAUUCGGGAAACGAUCAUUAAAAAUCCAUUCGGUCUCGUGAAAGUUACGCGUCGCACCAUAAAUAAAAAUUGCUUCGAUUUUUUCUUCCAAUGGACGAGAAUUGACCAUUAUAAAAAUAGUUCAAACAGUAUCUAACACUAAAACCGAAAACUAAAUAAGAAAAUUUUAACUGUACUGAUAUUCUUGUCACUGUCAACCAAAAAUAACAAAACAAGUUUUUAUUGCUGUUGCUGUGGAUAAGGCAGGGAAUUAAAAUUAUUUGUAAACAUAUGCAUGUUAGUGGGUUUGUGUUCAAGUAAUUAUUAAAUGUACCACCAUUUUGUAGUAGGUAAAGGUAUUGACUUUAUAUUUUACGGUUAUAAAGUACUCGUCAGGAGCUUCAAAAUGAUGUGCCACAAGACCCCCGUUUUAAUAAUUUUUUUCCAAGAUGGCGUCCAGCGGCCAUCUUGAGAUUUCCAUCUGUCAAUUUUACUCUAAAAUAUGGUAUCCACGCAUCAAUUUCAUUACCUCGAGUUUCAAUUUUUAGAAUUGACCCGUUCAAAAAAUCAAAGGGGAGGGGAAGAUCAAAGAAAAGCACUGUAUAAGAACUUAUAGCUAGAGCGUCAUCCAUGAGACACGAACCUUUUCAAACCAGACUUCUAAUUAUUGCAGAGAGGAGAAAGAUGGCUAUGACAAAUUCUCAUAGAUGAUGUUACAGUAUCCCAAUUCAUCUCCGAUUCUUUUUUUCGGGCACGCGAGCUAAAAGUAUUGGAUUGGGUAUUUUUAGGUGGAAUACGUUAAGGAAUGCUUUUAUAGUGAUGUUGCUAUGACUGCAUUUUGUGAUAUUUAGCUCUGCCAUGUUGUUAUCCUAGGCUAUUUUUUUUUGAUAGUUACCAUCAACUUUACUGUUAAUAGUUGAAUUUUAUAAACACUUCAUUAUUUGUUGAUAUAUUAUUUUAUUAAACUUACAUUUACAAAAACAAAA